UCUUGAUCGAGGAAAUUGGGUAAAGAUGGAAACAGAGCAGCAAAAUCAAAGCCUGUCCAAACCAAACUAUUUGACAUCAUCUGUGGAACCAAAAACACCAGCAGAGUCCUCCUCGCCCUCCACAUCUUCUCCUUCCCCUAAUACUCCACCAGUGGCUCCGGCCAGACCAAGACGACCCCAGAGAACACCUAGAGUGGAAGGAUCUUUUGACGUAUCAGAGCCUAAACCUCCAGAAUCUCCUAGACCGAACCAACUGACCAGCCAUGCUGAACCGGUUGACCCCUACAAACCCAACCAUUCCGCAGAAGCAAGACCUCAAUCUAAUGUUGGAAAUGUUGGUCAUGGUCCUCUAAGUUUGUCUGGUCAGAAGAUUUCAGGACAUGCAGCUUUGGCUCGGAGCCACAUUGCAAUGAGAACAGCCUCCCUUCCUCAGGCCCCGUCUUACAAACAACCACCUUCAGAUUCUGUCCUGUACCCUCAGAGAGCGCUGUCAGUCACUGGGACUGCAGACACUCAGGCCCAGGUCGUGGAGGAUUUCAGAAUUCACAUCAUCACAUGGAAUGUGGGCUCAGCCAUGCCGCCUGAUGACAUCACUUCUUUAUUGGGGUUGAAUGUCGGUGAUGGAAACACAGACAUGUAUAUUAUAGGUCUACAAGAAGUGAACUCAAUGAUCAAUAAGCGGCUAAAAGAUGUUCUUUUCUCUGAUCAGUGGAGCGAGGUCUGCAUGGUUGCUCUCAGUGUCUUCGGAUAUGUACUGGUUACAUCACAAAGGAUGCAGGGAAUGCUACUGCUCAUCUUUGCCAAGUACUAUCACCUGCCUUUCCUGAGAGCUAUUCAAACACAGACCACGCGCACCGGACUCGGUGGUAUCUGGGGUAAUAAAGGAGGUGUAAGUGCAAGUAUGACUGUCUUUGGCCAUUCAAUCUGUUUCUUAAACUGUCAUCUGCCCGCACACAUGGAGAACUCAGAGCAGCGCAUGGAAGAUUUUGAAAGCAUUCUGCAACAGCAACAGUUCGAAGGUCAAGCUGCUAUGGGUGUACUGGAUCACGAUGUGGUUUUCUGGUUUGGAGAUCUGAACUUCCGAAUUGAGGACCUGGAUAUGCAGGUUGUGAAAGGAGCUAUUGACAAUAACAAACUCUCCAUAUUAUGGGAAAAAGACCAGCUUAACAUGGCUAAAGACAGUGAGACUGUGCUUGAGGGCUUCCACGAGGGGCCACUUAAAUUCCCUCCUACAUAUAAGUUUGAUGUGGGUACAGACACAUAUGACACCAGUGGAAAAAAGCGUAAACCAGCAUGGACUGAUCGAAUUCUUUGGCGGCUGAGGCCUAUGGCUCAGGUCAGCAACAGCACAUCUAAGCGCAGCUCAUUAUCGGGCUUAACCAGCGGAACCUGUGUGUCACAACACUUUUACCGCAGUCAAAUGGAGUACACCAUCAGUGACCACAAGCCCGUCUCCUCUAUGUUCACUCUGCAGUUCCCUUAUAAGGUCGACAUGCCUUUGGUAACAAUUUUUGUGGAGGAUGAAUGGACAGAGAUAUCUGAUGCAGUAGCCAAAUUUAAGAUCGCUCCCAACUUUUAUCGAAGCUCUUGGGACUGGAUUGGGAUUUACAAGGUUGGGUUUAAACAUCAUAAGGACUAUGUGGCGUACACUUGGGCCAAACAGGAGGAGUCUGAUUUCCUAAGACAGGAGCACGAAGUGACUUUUGCAGAGGAGGAGUUGCCAAAGGAUUCUGGAGACUUCAUUCUGGGUUACUACAGCAACAAUAUGAGCUCCAUUGUGGGCGUCACCGAGCCAUUCCAGAUUCAACUGCCAGCAUCCACUGCAGCAGAUCUAAGUCCGUCGGACAGCUCUGACUUCACGUCUGAAGAUGAGGUAAAGCAGGCUGUCUCUGGCACUUCCAGCCCUGAGGUUGAGGAGCGACAGAGCAGCAACUGGAGCGCCAAACCUGCCAAAGGGCAACCAACUAAUCCAAAGGAACCAUAUUCCAAAGAUCCAAUGCCACAUUCCAGCUCUAGCAAGCAGAGCGGUGGUACCCUCAAAAUGACCAAGACCUCUGAUGACCCUGUGGUUUCUGAUGACAGUUCUAACUCAGGAAAUGAUGCAACCAAACCAGAGGAGCCAUAG